CUCGCUCGACGCAUUUCACUAAAAUGUGCCUUUUCAACUCACCUGCUCCUAAUGAAUUAGACAUGUUGGUGAACUUCAGCAUACCUUCGGGUCAGGUCUGGAGACUGCUGUGGCUGGUGUCCCUUUGCCCCAAGCUGAUGCAAGAAGGUGUACGCUGAACGCACAAAGAGACAUGCCGCCUGAACAGCCGUCCUAUCACCAUAAAUGGAAGAGCGAGGAAGAUAGCGAGUGACCAAGUAUCCACCGUCCGCGUGUCAAAGAAGGUACUUACUGACACACAUACUCAAGAGCUGCAAUAGUACUGCAGAUGGAGCAACUUCAGGUACACAAGCGGACAAACGCGGAGGUGAUACAGCUGGUGUCUGAUCAUCAUCGCCCUCCAAAAUACAGCAACAGACAUACGUGCCAAUGUGAUGUAAUUGAUAUUGCGCAAUGCAGAGAUGCACAAUGGAAUUUAUUUGUAGCCCAUUCGCAACGCAAGAAAGGCCUGGCAAACAAAACCGAAACACUGGUGCAUUCCUGUUUUUUUGUUCCAUAGAGAAUGUAAACCGCAGCAACAAAAACAAUCCACCGUGUGAAUAAUAUGACUCAUCUUAACAUUAAAUUCUACAAAGGGAAAACAUUUUCCAUCAACUUUGACUAUGUUAGACUACUGAUCAUCACCAUUAUGUAAACACAGUCCACCUUCUCUACUAACAUGUACUUAAAAUGUACUCUAUUUGGAUUGGAUACCAAUACAUCAAUAGCUGUAGAAGAACUGGAAUAAGAAUAGCUGGCAAAAAAACAAAAACGAUAUUCAUUCAUCAAGACUCCUUUUGCACAUCUAGGUCAAUUUUGGGGGUAGGGCAUCUUUUGUACCAUCUGGGUUCUUGCACAAAAUACAGACCAUAGCUGACUCGUGUUUUGCGGCUAAGUAUGACAUCAUGUAAUGUGACAUCACUUCCCUCUGAGGCAAGUCACCGCUCACUCGACUGGAGCGUGAACACAUAGCCACGCAGGGUUUUCAGUGUGUGUGUGUGUUUGUGUGUGUGUGUGUGUGUGUGUGUGUGUGCAUGCAUGUGAGCACAUGACUCCGCGGCGUCAUCACUGCCCAUCUCCAUAGCCAAAGCUGUGCCUCUUCAAGCAGAGAUUAUGUCAGAAAGGGCCAUGCUAGCAGAGCCGCGGCUGUUGUUGUUGUUUCGGUAGCCUUGAUGACAACCCUUUUUUAAUUCUAAGCGUCAAAAGGCAGCUGACGCAUGAAGGCAAAGAAGGACGACCUGUUUGUGCAAUUAUGAGGAAAGUCCAGAGGGCGUGCAGCUCCUCUGAGUCGGAAGAGAAUCAACAGCCGCGGUCAACGGAUCAUAGAGAUCAGCCAUCACCAGGUGGACGCUCACCCGAUGCAAACUCGCCGAGCGGGUUCGCCGUGGAGGCGGGAAGUGCGAUGAAGAGGAGUCAGGGUUUCAGCAGCUCCUUCAGCUUUGAGGAAGAGCAUCAGCCUCGGCCAAAGAGAGAAGAAGAAGAAGAACCGUCGCCAAAGAACUCUGACGGAGUAACCGAGAAGGUGGAGGCAGAGUUGGCGGCGGAAUGCAUGCGGUUGGAACAGGAUGCUUGUCGUGACACAAGUCAACCUCCGAGGUCAAGUGUUUUCAGGCCUCAGCAGUUAUGGCUGGCCAUGACGAGAUGUCUCGCCAUGCGAUGGCCUCCCUGUCUGUCCAUCAACAGGCAGAGCAACAGGAAGCUAGCCUACCAAGCGGACGGCGACCAAUCAGACGACGUGCGCUCUUCUGCCGGCUCCGAGUCCACCAAUGAGAGCUCUUCGAGUGCUUGCACCUCGGACGACAGGGAAGUGACAGUGGUGACGGAAGAGAGAGUUCGGAGCAGAGGGGUCAGGAGCGGCCCGGCCGUCUGUCGCUGGGUUUCUCGCUCCUCCCCCAGACUGCCAAGAGCCAGACAAGCCACAGACUCCGCGUUAGCCUCGUUGAUCUUGGAGAAAGAAACGUUCCUGAGGAUUGAGUUGGUGGAAUCGGACGCCGAGAGAGAUGAUUUCUGCUACCGGGCUGAGUGGAAGCUCUCGGAGAGGACGAAGAAGCUGGCAGAGGGUGUGUGGCUCUCAGGAAGCCAAAAGAACAACGGGUUGACGUACUGAGUGGGACGUUCGGUCGCCUUGACUGCGUCGUCUGUGUGUUAUUCUCCCCAUCGAGUUGGAUUGGUUAUCGCAACCAUCAGUGCUUUGGUUAUUGUUAUCGUCAUGUGACUGCUGAUGAUGGCCGUGUAAACUGCUGUGCGCUGGUACGAAUGCCAUGUCUGUUGCUAGCUAAUUAGAAAUGCUAUUUUUGGAAACUCUGCACAGUUGGUGGUGGUGUUGAUUUUACUGCCUUUCUAUGUCCCUCUGAUUUUAACCAUACCGAGCUCCAUGCAUUGGCGUCAAGGGAGAUUUAAUAUAAAUGUCAUGUAUUUUUGAAUAAAUGCCCUUUUGGGAUACAGGUUUGACA